AUUUGUUAUACGAUGGCAUGUUCAUAUGUAUUUUCUGAUGACAAAUCUUUCUUAUAAGAUUUGGAUUUUAUGUUAGAAUAAUCAGAUCAAUGUCCUUCCUUACUUAAAUAAUAAUCAUGUUCAAUAUAAUUACAAAAGUAAUAAUCAGAUGUUAAAUCUAAUGUGUCUUGUGCAGAUUUAGUUGAUUUAGAGAGAGGAGGUAAAAUUAAAUAAUUAAUGUAGGUUGCAUACUUUAGACUAAAAUAGGUCCAAUUUAAUAUGGUAUGCCUCCAGAAACAAUUAAAGACUGUUUGAAUAUGGGAAUGGAAGUUCCAACUUUUUAUAUAAUUCCAUCAAAAAGGUAUAAAAAUUAGAAAUUAUUAGAUUUGAUAAAAGAUUAGGAAUAAGCACUGCAGAAUUUGAAUUUCCAGCUUAUUUUAAUUUCUUUUGUAAAAAAAAGUAAAUAACAUUAAUAUGUACAUCUGAUACUGAAAGAGCUAUAAGAACUGUUUUUUAGGAAACUUUAUUAGGGCCAGUUGAUCAUCCUGAUUUGGCUCUUGAUUUCUAUCAUAAAUAUCCAAAAAGUGCUUAUCCAGACUUUCAUAAAGAAAGAAGUGUAUUUUCUAGGAAUCCUUCAAAUUUAGAUGAAAAAUUAACAAUUGAUCAUUUAUUGAAGUUCAAUUUAUUUGAUGAAAAUAAUACAGCAACUAUAACUGAAGGAGAUAUUACAAUUAGAAUAAUUAAGGAUAGCAAUUCAUUUAAAAUAUUAGAAAAUGGGAUAUAUCUGAAAAGUAUACCAGAUGUAUUUACAUUCCCUUCAUAAUAUUAUGAAUAUAUUAUAACAAAACCAGAUGAUUAUAGAGCUGAAAGUGUGAAGAAUAUUAAAUCUAAAAGAGAUUCAGCAAAAGAAUCAUGCCCAACACCAUUAUUAGUGAAAUAAUUGCCAGAGAUGACAGUUGAAUAAAAAGUAGAAAAUUGGGUUAUUGGUAAUAAAUAUCAAAGAGGAGGAGAGAAGAAAUUAUCAGUUGUCUUAUGGGAUUAGAUGGGAGGACAUGUUGAAAGUGGUUCAGCUAUUUUUUAAUUAGAUAUUGAUGAAAAUAAAUCAUUUACACCUCCAGAUUUUGGUGUUACUAUUUUAGGAUGUGUAAUUAAUAAAUAUUAAACUAUAAUUUUAGUCUCAUGGAUUUGAUCCGAAAGGUUCAACUUCAGGUUAUAUAUUCUGGGUAAAUGGAAGAGGAAUAAUGGUUGAUCCACCUCCAUUUGCAUCUUAUCAUAUGAAAUAGAUGGGAAUACCAUCAAUAUUAAUAUGUGCAGUUAUAAUUAGUCAUUGUCAUGCAGAUCAUGAUGCUGGCACAUUUCAUAAAAUAUUAGAUGAUACAAGAGUAGAAAUAAUUACAACUAGAACAAUAAUGAAUUCUUUUCUAAGAAAAUAUUCAGCAAUGUCUAGUAUUGAUAUAGAUUCUCUAAGAAAACUAUUUAUUUUUAGGUAUAAUAUAUUAAUAUAUGCAUAGACCAGUUAUUAUUGGAAUUCCUUUAAAUAUAUAUGGAGCCUAUUUUAACUUUUUUUAUGCUAUGCAUACUAUUCCAAGUCUUGGAUUUAGUGUUAAAUUAGAGAAUAAAUCUAUGUAUUUUUCAUCUGAUACAUUUUUUGAUCCAGACUAAUUAUUAGAAUAUAAAAAUUAAGGAAUUCUUUCAUAAAAGAGAUAUGAACAUUUAGCCUUUAUUGAAUUUAAAGAAGAUUUAAUUCUUCAUGAAGCAGGAGUACCUCCUAUUCAUACUUCAUAAUCUAUACUUGGAAAAUUACCAAAUAAUAUUAAAAAUAGAUUGUAUCUUGUUCACACAGCUUAAAAAGAUCUAAAAAAAGAAUUAGGUUUAAAGAUAGCAAAAACUGGAAUAGAAAAUACUAUGAUAUUAAUACCAAGUAAUACUAAUAAACAUCUUACAACAAUUAGAAGACUUGAUUUACUUUCAACUAUAGAUAUUUUUGAACAUUUAACUUUAAAAAAUGUAAGAUGGCUUUUAGAUUCAGUAACAUCUGAAGAAUUUUUUACAGGAUAAGAUGUUAUAAAAGAAGGUACUACUGGAGAUAGAUUUUAUAUAAUUGAAUCUGGAUUAGCAAGAGUUUAUUCAACUUAAAAAGGAUAAGAAUUUGAAAGAUAUUACUAAGUAGGUGAUUAUUUUGGUGAAUCUGCUGUUUUAUCAAAUGAAGGGAAAAGAGGAGCAUCGUAAUUAUUAUAUAAUUAAUUAAUAGUGUAGAAGCUGUUACACAUCUUAAAGUUCUUAUUUUAGAAAAGCAUGAUUUUUGGUUUAUUUUUGGUGAUGGUUUAGGUGGAUAAGGUCCUAUUAUUUAAAAAAUGAAAUAAUUAACUGCAGCUAGAAGAUCAAAAGCUGUUCAUUGUCUUUUUAAGAAUUCUAUUCUAUCUGAAUUAACUCCUUCUCAGAAAACAUAAUUAGAAAUGAUUAUGAGAGAAUAAGAAAUCGAAAAAGGUACUGUUAUAUGGAAAGUGGGUGAAAAACCAGAAUUUGCUUUCAUUAUUAAAAGAGGAACAUUUGCAUUUUAUGAUUGCCCUGAAUAAGAUUCAGAAGAAUUAGAUUCAGGAGCAUAUGUUGGAGAAUUAAGAGCUAUGAUUGAAAAUAUUACUAUCUCUACAUCUAUUAGAGCAACCAGGAAAGCAACUAUAUUUAAGAUUGCUAGAAAAGAUUUAAUUAGUUUUGCUAAUAAACAUCCUGGAAUCUAUAUGAUUUUGAUUGAUACCAAAUAUUUAGAAUGAAUCAUAUUAAUU